UGAAUUUUCCAGGAAAUUCUUUAUGGGGUGUCUGUUUACUUUUUUUUCUCUCUCAAAAAUGCUGAUAAAUAUUUUCAUCGACGUGUAAAUUGAGCAUAAAGUGAUGCAAUAAUGCCUUGCAUGUGUUCUCUGUUAUGUUUGGCAACCACUGUGGUGUUUUGCGGAUCUGUAGCCGGAAUUAUCCUUAUUCUCAUCCUCCGUGCAAUAUUACGGGGAAAGCGGAGUCGUAGGGUAAAGGAGGAUCCUCAGGGGACCUAUAUUGGCCUAUUUCAUCCUUAUUGCAAUGCUGGGGGUGGUGGAGAACGUGUCCUUUGGUGUGCUGUGCGAUGUCUCCUGAAGAAGUAUCCAGCAUGCAAAAUUAUCAUUUACACGGGAGACAUUGGGGUGACACCGAGAGAUAUCCUGAAGAAGGCAAAAAAUACCUUCAAUGUGAGUGUUCAGGAGAAGGACGUUGAGUUUGUUUACCUGUACAGGCGGAAGUGGGUGGAAGCAGCUCGAUAUCCCCAUUUUACUCUCCUGGGGCAGAGUUUGGGUUCCAUGUGGAUGGGUUUGGAGGCAGCAUGGAAGUUCCCACCGGAUAUUUUUAUCGAUACAAUGGGAUAUGCUUUCACCUUUCCCAUUUUCCGCUUCCUCGUGGGUGCCAGUGUUUCCGGGUACGUUCACUACCCCACAAUUAGCUCCGAUAUGCUGAGACGUGUUAAGAUGCGCACAAUGGCACAUAAUAAUAAAAAUUACGUCGCCAAGAAUCCUUUUCUCACGUGGAUUAAGAUUUUCUACUAUCGCAUGUUUGCAAAGUUGUACGGUGUUGUGGGACGCUGUGCUGAUAUAAUCAUGGUAAAUUCCUCAUGGACUGAGGGGCAUAUCAAUUCCAUUUGGAAGAUCCCCCUAAAGACGCAUCGUGUGUACCCACCGUGCGAUGUGGAGGAUCUCAAGAAGAUCACUCCCCUUGGGAAUGAUGCAGAGAGGAUUACAAUAAUGUCCGUUGGGCAAUUUCGUCCGGAAAAGGAUCAUCCGCUACAGCUGCAGGCAAUGUAUGAAUUGCGGUCUCUCCUUGUCAAUGAUGAACCCCUGUGGAAUCGCCUGAGGCUCGUUAUUGUGGGUUCGUGUCGGCAUGCAGAUGACACGGAGAGGAUGAAGAAUAUGCGAGACCUCAGUAAGCACCUCUCGCUGGAGAAUAACGUUGAAUUCCGCGUGAAUGUGACGUACCAGGAGCUACUGCAGUGCUAUCAAAUGGCCAAAAUUGGCAUUCACACAAUGUGGAAUGAGCAUUUUGGGAUUUCCGUUGUUGAAUCCAUGGCUGCAGGGCUCAUUAUGGUGGCAAAUAGAUCCGGUGGACCAUUAAUGGAUAUUGUGGAGACAUCUCCGGGUAGUCAGACGGGGUUUCUUGCAGUUGACGCAGUGGAGUAUGCACAGUGCAUUGCAACAAUUCUCUACAAUGAUGCAGAAGACAAUGAUAAAAUCCGAACGGCUGCAAGGGCAUCAGUGGAUCGUUUCUCGGAGUUGGAGUUUGAAAGUGCAUUUUUACGAGUGAUUGCACCUCUCAUUGAAGUUGAUGCACCAUCGAAACAUGAAUAAGAUGGAAAUUCAUAGCACAUCACGGAGUUGGUACAGGGAGAAGGGGUGAGGGAGUGGGUGUGACAAUGAGUAUAUGGUGCAGAAAAAAAUGGGAGGAAAUACAAUAACAAAUUCCCUAUGUA